UCUCGCUGUUUUGCACAUGUUAUCAAUUGAGGCGUGUUGUUUUGCGAUUUGGAGUCGCUUUUGGUGAAUUUCUUCGCAACUUUUUGCAAGAUCUACUUGCACAGACCUACAGCUAUGUUUUCACAAGACCCACAAUACGAAAAGCUGUCUCUGGCAAAGCGAGUUAUCCCGAAGAAAGGAUCCGAUGCGGCAGCUUUCGUCUUCAUGUUUGUUAUGUUGUGGGUGAUAUCACUGUUCGAGUUGCUCGUCGUUUUGCCCAUCUAUCACGAGUUCCUCUCAACCUGGUACCUUAUUCAUGUAUUCUGCGGUCUCUUCAUGUUCCUCAACGUAUUUGCAAACCUCUACAAAGUCAUCACUACCGAUACAACCGGCGCUAAACUCGGCAUGCCUUCAGUAUUGAAACCAGGGUGGGCAUACUGUCCCUUCUGUCAACUAAAUUCCCCGCCUAGAGCUUAUCACUGUCACGUCUGCGACAUAUGCGUGUUGAGACGCGACCACCACUGUAUAUUCGCUGGGAAAUGUGUUGGACAUUCGAAUUACCGAUAUUAUCUUUUCCUAGCAUUCUAUCUGUGGCUUGGUGCUUUGUAUGCUAAUCUGUUUCACUGGGAAUAUGUAACCUCUGUAAUGGAUAACUUCACUCUAUGGACAAUGUUUACAAUGUUCAUGCCGAUGCUUUCCUGGAUGCUUGGUUACACGACCAUCUACCAGACCUUCGUCACUUUCAUAACCGCCAUCUCCCUUUUCGCUUUUGUUAUGUUUUCUGGUUUAUUAUUUUUCCAGUUUAACAUAAUCGCUCGUGGACAGACAUCCUAUGAGCGUAAGAGGAAAAGGAGGAAUUACGACAAGGGGUGGUUAAGAAACUUUAUUGAAGUUCUCGGUGAAAACUGGUUUCUGUCUUGGAUUUGGCCUAAGAUUACAUCCCCACUUCCUCAUAACGGUACAGACUACACACAGGCAUGUAAUGAGGAACUCCCAAAAGAUAUGUGAUAAGUUGGGCUGGAACUAAAACAUGAAAUCUCAACUACUAAAUGAGAAUAUGCAAUAUAAGGGACGCUUAAAACACUUGUAAUAGUUUGGAUUUGGAGCUUAUGGAUAAGAUUAAAUUCAAGGAUGGAUCCAGGAUUUCAAAAUGGGUGUGGAUAAUUGCCGGAUAGACAGCUAAAAACUGAUCCAGUGGUUCUUGGUAGGUUACAUAUGUAGAUCUAACAAUGCUUCAUGCUGAAUUGAAUUUGUCAUGUCAGCAAAGUCGAGAGCAACUUUUCAAAAAAAAUUCCCAAAAAGGGGGUGGAUAUCCACCCCCUUGUAUGCCCCUGAAAUUCUCAUUUCUGAAUACUUACUCACUUUGGUUAGAAAGGAGCAAUACCUAGCACUUUGUAUAGGUUUUUUUUACUUUAAAACAAAUAACAUUCACCGCUUAUUGGAAAUAUACUACCUAUACGCAAUGAGGAAGCCUUGGUGUUAUGACUUUGUUGAAAUGCUGUACCCAAUACGUCAAGAAAAAGAAACUUAAAAGAUGUGAUAGCUUUGGAUUGGCUACAGGCCUAUGACCACCUAGUGUGAAUACAGUGUUUCCAUUAGCUAGCUGGUAAAACCCUGCUAAUCCAAACUUUGAAGGGAGACUAAAAGCAGGCCAGACCCAUGGUUAACUCUGGGUGUUUCUUAGCUGUUUUUUAACAUAAUUUGUCAAACUUAGUUUCUGGCUUCCUUCAGGCUUCCUGAAGUUGAUCUUUCACUUUCACAUCAUCAACCACAGGGAAACCAAAAUCACAGGAUACCCAAAUAAAAUGCCUUUGACUGGAGUAGUAAUGGACUGACUUUAUUUGCGAUGCAAUUUACUGUAGACCUUUAGCUUCUACAAACUUUUUAACUUUUUCCAGGCAAAAUAAUGUCUGAUAAUGCACAUGUACAUGAUUCCAUCACUAGGAGUGUACAUGAUCCCAUCACAAGGAGUGUACACUGUAUCCUUGGUGUGAGUAACCCUUUUACAAAGUUUGACUAUUUUUAGAUUUGAGACUGGUAUCCCAUGUCCAUGGCAAGUGUAUAAAUCAUCUCUGUGUAGAAUAACAAAGUUUGUAUGAGAGAACGUGAGUUUGUAGAUCUGACUAAAACCAGAAUAAAACAGUUUUGCACAUGUACUAAAUCACUUACAAAA